AUGAACAGCAAGGUUAAGGAGGACAAAGAGAAGGAUGGAGAAUAUGCAACCAGGGAGUCCAGCUAUGCUGUGAGCCCAGACAUCUUUGAGACUCCACCACAGUCCAGUCAGUUCUGGCAGUCGAACACAGUGGAUGCCUUUGAGCUUCUGGCUUACUACAGAAGAAAGAGGUUUACUUCUCAAAAUGACACCAAAUAUAAAACUGUCUACAAAGCCUGGCUCUGUUCCCAGUAUUUUGAAGUCACACAGUUUCACUGCAGCAACAGAAUUCCUUGCAAGCAAUACUGUUUGGAGGUUCAGACAAGGUGUCCAUUUAUAUUACCAGACAAUGAUGAUGUCAUCUAUGGAGGACUAUCAAGUUUCAUCUGUACAGGGCUCUAUGAAAAUUAUCCAACCAAUGCAGAACCAGAAUGCUGUGAUGUCAGAUGGGGACUAUUACCAGAUAAUCAAUCCAAAGGGACUAUAAAAACAAGUGACUCAUCAGUGUGUCACAGGACAUCGCUCACAGUUUCAUCAGCAUCAAGACUGUGUAACAGCAGACUUAAACUGUGUGUUCUUGUGUUAAUUCUCUUACAUACAGUACUUACAGUCUCAGCAGCACAGAACUCAACAGGACUGGACUUUGGAGGCAUAACAACUUUGGAAGAUAAUUCAACUAAUGAUGAAUAAAAGAAAGGAUACAUGUCAAAUGAUAGACACACAACAGGCCCAUGUGUACUACAGUCAAAUACAACAGAGACUGGGUGCUUUUACCCUCAAAUCACUUCUUGAAAGGCCUUCUGGGUAAAAUUAAAAGGAUGGGCAACAAUCCAAACAAGGACACAUGAACAUAGCUUUUUAUUGACUAAAAGGCUGUAUGGUGACUUAAAUUUCUCACACCAUUUUAUACACUGUGUUUUAAUGUUUGGAGUUUCUUUUUUUGUUUGUUUUUUGCACUUGUUAAUACAGGAUUUUAUUUUUGGGACCGUUUCUCAAAGCUAAACUAAGUCUUUUCACUGUCGAUAUAUUUCUAUUCAUUGUGUAUGUUCAUCUGAUAGUUCUGUCUUUUAUGUCCUGUCAGUUUCUAUUAGAGGAAUGACUGCUAUGAUUCCAUGGCAUAACAAAAAACAAAAAAACAACAAAAA